UGCUUCAGAAAGGAAUCAGGCAGAGCUGCCGUGGGUGGGUGGCUAUUCCAUGUUACCGCUUAUCCGGAAGACAGCACAUUAUAUCAACCCGGCUUGAUCUGUCCUCUUGCCCCAGUCUCUCUUCCUCUCUUAUAUGACUCUGGCGAAUACGUGUGUGUGGCCCAUCCAGUCUACCCCAAUAGCCAAUUCUUCCCCGUCUCUCAGAAAACCCCCGGGUCGCCAAGAUGCAGCCCCAGUUCUUCAACGUCAUCAAUGAUGAGCUCCGGGGAAGCGAGAAGACCCACGCCGUGACGGACCCACGGACCGAAGAGAACCUUUGGCCCUGCCCCAUUGCCUCGACCGACGACUUUGAGGAUGCCGUCGCUGCGGCCCGGAAGGCCUUCACCACCUGGUCGCGGACAACCGUCGCCGAGCGCCAGGCCCUCCUCGUGAAGCUGGCCGAGGUACUCGAGCAGAACGCUGGCGAGCUCGCCGAGAUCCUCGCAAGGGAGACGGGAAAGUCGCAAAUCGUCGCCUCCAUAGACGUGAACGGCUCCAUUGCCCAGUGCCUGUACUAUUCCCAGAAUGCCCUGGAAGACGAGGUGCAGUUCGAGGACGAGACCACAAAGGUGGUGGCCACGCACAUCCCGCUCGGCGUAGUCGGAGCCAUCUGCCCGUGGAACUUCCCGCUCAUCCUGAGCAACAUCAAGGUGGUGGCUUCGCUGGUGACGGGCAACUGCGUCAUCCUCAAGCCGUCGCCGUUCACGCCGUACGCCGUCAUGAAGUGGACGGAGCUGAGCCGUGGGAUCCUGCCGCCGGGGGUGUUCCAGGUGCUCAACGGCGGGGCGGACCUCGGGGCGCUCAUGACGCUGCACCCGGGCAUCGACAAGAUCAGCUUCACGGGCACGACGGCCACGGGCAAGCGCGUCAUGGCCAGCUGCGCCAAGACGCUCAAGAAGGUGACGCUCGAGCUGGCGGGCAACGACGCGUGCAUCGUGUGCGCCGACGCCGACCUCGACCGCGCCGUGCCCAGCGUCGCCAGCGGCGGCUUCUUCAACGCCGGCCAGGUGUGCGUGGCCAGCAAGCGCAUCUACGUGCACGAGUCCAUCUACGACGACUUCCUCGCCCGCCUUGUCAAGGAGGUCGAGGCCAGCUACGCCAUCCAGGAGGACAGCGCCGCCCCGAGCGUCUUCGGGCCCGUCUCCAACAAGAUGCAGUUCGACGUCGUCAAGGGCAUCAUCGAGGACUGCCGCGCCAACGGCUACAACAUUGUCUCGGGCGCCGCCGCCGCCGCCUCCGCCAAGCCUGCCACUGCCAAGGGCUUCUGGCUCCCGCCGACCAUUGUGUCCAAGCCGCCCGAGAACUCGGUGCUGGUCAAGGAAGAGCAGUUUGGCCCCAUCCUGCCCAUCCUAUCAUGGUCCGACGAGGACGACGUGGUCCGGCGGUCGAACCUGGCCAACGCGGGGCUGGGCGCGUCCGUGUACUCGGCCGACCUAGCGCAGGCGGAGCGCAUCGCGCGGCGGCUCGAGGCCGGCGGCGUGUGGAUCAACCAGUUCGAGCGCCCCAACUUUGGCGCCUUCUUCGGCGGCAUCAAGGACAGCGGCUUCGGCGGCGAGAUGGGCAAGCAGGGCCUGCUCUCGUACGCCUACACGCAGUGUCUGCACUUUGCCAAGUGAGUUGAGUUGCUGUGUGCGAGAGAAAGGGGGAUUGGUGGUGUUGUGAGACGGAGGUAUAUAGUAAAGGGGCAAAGCCGCCGUGAAUAUGCGCUGUUUUUUUUUGUGUCCUCUGCAGGAGGCAGUGCUGGAUAUCUCCUUAUCUGUAUCUAAUGACGACGCCGUAGGGAGGAGGAUGUUCUUUCUACGGAUACUAUCUUCUAUAUACUUCUAUAUACAUAUUCCCAACGGCC